ACGAGGUCAUAGUUCGAGGCGAGUCAGAGUUUAAGUUGUUGGCUGUUGCCAGGAGACAACAGUACGCACGUGAGCUACAGGUCUUUUCGCCUAAAAAUGACUAAAAUGUUAAUAAUAUAGCCGCACAUUAGCAUUAUGAAAUGGACCUGCCACGUUUGGAAACAUGCUAAUGAUCCGACUCGAUUGAACAACGGCACCAUACAUAUUUCAAACCCGGAAGUGUUGUUCAGCUAGCUAGCAUGCUAGCUUGUAGCAGCUAGCCAGCCCCCAGACACCAUGAGUGACAAAUUCGGCCCGAUGAACUACAACAACGCCCGGAAGCAUCUGUCUAUCUCCAUUCCGUCGUCCAGUGAGGUCACGAUGUCUCCGCACAUCAAGUCUGUGGAGGAGCUGAGAGUGCUGGGCAUCAACCUGAGCAGCUUCAACACAGCUACCCAGUUCGGCAUCUGCAUUGCGGGCAUCUUCCUCUUUCACCUCCUCUAUGGGUACUUACAGGAGCUAAUAUUUUCCAUGGAGGGUUUCAAGCCCUUUGGAUGGUACCUCACCCUUGUACAGUUUGGGUUCUACUCCCUGUUUGGACUGGUGGAAUUGCAGCUCACACAGGACAAACGGAGAAGAAUACCAGGGAAGACGUACAUGAUCAUAGCAUUUCUAACGGUGGGGACCAUGGGCCUAUCAAACACCUCACUGGGUUACUUGAAUUAUCCUACACAGGUCAUCUUCAAGUGCUGCAAACUCAUUCCUGUCAUGAUAGGAGGGAUAUUCAUUCAAGGGAAACGGUACAAUCUGGCUGAUGUAUUGGCUGCUCUCUGUAUGAGCCUGGGACUCAUCUGGUUCACUCUAGCUGACAGUAAAGUCGCACCCAACUUCAAUGCAACAGUUUUAGGUGUCCUCCUCAUCUCUUUGGCUCUGUGCGCUGACGCUGCCAUUGGGAACGUGCAGGAGAAAGCCAUGAAGCUCCACAAUGGUUCCAGCUCUGAAAUGGUUUUAUAUUCCUAUUCCAUCGGUUUUGGGUACAUAUUGACAGGCCUGUUUGGUGUGGGUGGAUUGGGACCAGCAGUGGCCUUUUGCUCUCAGCAUCCUGUGAUGACAUACGGUUAUGCAUUCUUCUUCUCUCUCACGGGAUACUUUGGCAUUUCAUUUGUGCUGGCCUUGAUCAAACUCUUCGGAGCCCUGGUCACAGUCACGGUGACGACCGGACGUAAGGCGAUGACGAUUAUCCUAUCCUUUAUGUUCUUCUCAAAGCCUUUUACUUUUCAGUACAUAUGGAGUGGCCUUUUAGUUCUGUUGGGCAUUUUCCUGAAUGUUUACAGCAAAAACAAAGACAAGAUGAAGCUGCCAUCUUUGGCUGACCUCAGGAAUAUGGUUCUAACAGGGAAGAAAGUCAGGCUGCUAUCACAGAACGUGUAGUAAGAGGGACCUGUCGGGAUAAACAGACGUUUUCUAACGUUCCUAUCUAACAUGGACCUCAUAGCGGGUGGCCUCCUAAUGCAUUUGAAGGCCAUAGAGCCCCACCCAUAAACAUUCCCAGGAGGAGAACAUGGAUACAGUGCACCUACGAGACUCUGAAAUGGAAGCUGGCCUCUUAGCUAACCUUAAUAGCACAGUUUUGCACUGUAAGUGACUAUGACUUUAGGCUGUGCAAGGCGAAGGGGGACGAGACGGUUGAAAGAUAAGCUAUAGACUUUUAUGGAACUGAUCAUGUCCCGAAAUUGAAUGUUUAUUUUCACCUGCAUGUGCCAGAAGACAAAAAAAAAAAGGUUUUACUCAAUCAUUGUCUAUGAAAUGUCUUAUGGUUUAUUUGUCAUUUAUAUCCAAUUGUACAAAAUAGCGCUCAGCGGCACAGUGAAAUCUUGUCAUGCUCCAUAUUUGCGAACAUUUAUUUUGGUGAAAGGUUAGCUCUUUUUACAUUAAAAACAAACUGGGAAGUUUAUCCCAAAUG